AGCAAGAGGAUGAGCAGCAUCAUCGUCAUCAGCAACAGCAGCAUCGAUCAGUAAUGCCGUCGUCGUCGGCAGCCGUAGCCGAACAAAUGCUGAUGCAUCAGAGGCAGCUCGGACAACUCCAUCAUGUGCAGAGCGACGGUUCCCUGUCGUCGGCCGGCUCGAAUCUGUCGGCGGGCGUCGACGGCUCGUCGGGCGAAUCGGCCACCGAGGACGACUCCGAGGGCAACGGCGUCGACGGCGGCGAGCCAGCCUGCAGCAUCACCCUCAUCGAGCGCCUCAUACGAUCCCAUCCGAUCUGGUUCCUGCCGGGUAUUCAGCGAGCCGGCGCCUUUCACCUGCUCCAAGGCAAAGAGGAAGGGAACUUCGUCGUGCGACAAUCAAGCCAGAGCGACACUAUGGCGCUGUCGGUUAGAUUGCCGGCCGGCAAAGGACCUUACAUCGAGCAUUACCUCAUACAGGCCAACAAAGGCAAGCUCAGCCUGGAGACGAGCGAGAAUAGGUUCGACAACAUACCCUCGCUCAUCGCCCAUUACUCCCAGUGCUGCGACGAGUUGCCGGUGCAACUGACACUGCCCCGAGCGAUGCGCGAGGCCAAGAAUAGACAGCAGCUAUCCUCCCUGGCGCUGCUCGGCCAAGAGUUUUGGAGAUACCCCAUGGCCAACCCCAAGGGGCCGCCCGACAGCACCGGCAGCAGCAACACCUCGAGCCUCGGCAGCUUUCGAGCCGGCAAGAAUAAUAACAAUAAUGGCUCGUCGACCCCUUCGACCGAAAGUAUUAUACUCAAUUUGACGCCGAUCUCGUCCAAAGAUUCCGCUACCAUGUCCCCUGCGUCGAACCAUUCGACCACGUCGACGUUUAAUCCUGCACUGCCGCGCCAACCACGGCCGACGCCGCCCAACACCCUCAACUUGACGACGUUCAACGAGCCGAUGAAUCGUCGCCCGCUGCCGAAACUUUCGCCCAACGACAAGCUGUGCCAGCGGCUCAUCUCGCCGAAUCUCGUGCAGAGCCUCGUGCAGAGAUCGCCGUCGCCGCUCGUGCACAACGUCGACGCCAACGUGCUCAGUCCCGGCUCGGUCGGCAGCGAUAGCUUCGGGCACAACAACAACAGCAGCAGCAGCAGCGGCAGCGGCAGCAGCAACAAUAGUCAUUCCAAUGCUUCGAGCGCCACGUCGAAUUUCCAUCGGAACAUAGCGUCGAGCUUUCAUAAAAUGUCAUCGCCCACUAUCGCGCAGACGCCCGGGGGUCAAAUGAAGAGUCCUCCGCCGCCACCGCCACCGAGAUGGGCCAAGCCGACUCAGCAGCAGCAACAGAAGAGCAGCAGCUUCAUUGCGACUACAACGAUAAAUGUCAAUCAGAGCGACGAUCAGUCGACGCCGUCGGAAUCGAACACGCCGUCGCUCAUGUCGCCUCAGAGCGCGUCGAACAAAUCGCUGGCCUCGAACAAGUCAUCGUCGGCGCACUCGUCGGGACAUUCGCCAUUGACGCCGAAUCUAUCCUCGAGCUCGUCGACUAAGCACACUACGUCGAACGGCAGUGGUCGGCAGUCGCACAUCCUCUCGCCGAAUACACCGUCGCCUGGCGCCACCAAAUCGUCCUCGUCGUCGUCGCGCAGACGCAAGGAGCAGCGAGACGCACGCAAGAAUUCCCAGCACUAUCGCGAAUCGGACAUUCUGGACUCGUAUUAUCGCAGCUCUCCGGCGGACAAGGCAUCAGAUUACGAGGAUAUCUGGAAUUCGACCGAUCAAUCGAAUCCCCCCACGUGGUCGACCAAGGAGGCUAUAUCGAAGAGCUACAAUGAAGAGAACUCGUCUAAGAUAAAGAGCGAAACGAAGGAUAAGCUUCUUACACCGGUAGAAAAAGUUAGAAAUCUCGAGCAAGGCAGCGAUAAGCUCAUCAUUAGAAACGACAAAGUUAAUGCCAAUGAAAAGAUGAGUUACAAAGAAAUCACGAGUCCGGAGUUCAGUAGUUUUAAGCCACUUCAAGAGUCAAAGAUUAGCCACGAGAGUACCCCAACACCCGACGAUAAUAAUGCCAUUGGAAAGAGACCUGACUUGUUGUCUAGAGUUUGCAGCGCGAACUCUCUGAACAGCCCGACUUGUCUCACACCCCCUCGCAAUAAAUUCGGACUGGCGGUGCUCACCAGAUCCGAAAACAACAGCCCAAUGGCACCGGAAUUGAAGCAGGCUAGUCCGUUCUACGCCGAGCCAGCCGACGCGAUUCCCCGGCCUACUCUCGGCCAAGUGACUCGAAGACGGCCGAAACCGCUCAACUCGGUGGCGAGCAAAUUUCGACACAGCGAACCCGGCUGGCUGCAGACUCAACUGUCGAUGAACUGCAAUCUCGGCAACAACGGGCUUCAUCCUAUCGACUGGGACGACUCCGAAGAGGCCGAAGAUAAAACGCCGCUCAUAUCUUCGUCAGUGGAUAAUCUGGCUAAAAGACUCAGUGGAAAGGAUCAGAAGAAAUGUCUGCCUUGCCAAGCCAAGCCUGUGCAGCCACCUCGAAUCAAACACAAAAUAUUCAGCGACACAUCGUGGGCAGUCGAUUCAAGUUGGGAGUUCAUCGGAAACGAUGCAGAUGGUUGCGAACCAGACUACGACUGUGAUCCGGAUUACGAUUUAGACAAUUCGAAUAAGAAGUUUGCCGACAACGAGCACGAAGAGCGCGUGUUGCGCAAUGCUCUGACAGCGCGUAGCAUCAUACUUCAAAGAUAUCCAGAGCUGCUCAAAUCUCCGGACAAUGGCACGAGUGUUUCUAGCGAUCGAAAUUCUUCGUACGAUAAUGUGGAAAAGCGCCAAAUUGCCGGUUCGACCAGCACGAUGACAACGACCACAACAACACUUACGAACUCGACUCUAACUAUGGACCAGCAGAAGAAAAAUAACUCGAAUCACGACGAACGCGAUAGUUAUCAAAGAUCCGAGAGCGAAAUGAUACUGGACCAGGAAGAUAGAAAUUUCGAGCGCAAUAAACGCAACCGCAGUUUUCGAAUUGAUACUCUAAUGGGCCCACCGAAAUUCCGAGCGAUAACCAAUCGCGAUCAUAGCGAUGCAGGUGCUGCAGUUCGAUCGUACGCAUUCCAAUUGGCUGCCGAUAGCACAACGACUUUUUCUCAAAACAUCGAGAACUUCAUCAAGUGCACAAGAGAAGGCAAGGAAGAAUCCCCGCAUGUUGUCAUGCGCAACAUGCGGCAAUUCAUGUCCGGCAUGAAAAAUUAUCUCGUCAAGCAUGGAGAGCGCGAGUUCGAGAAAGAAGUAGAGAAGGAACGCUUGAAACUGAAGGCCAACGAAUUUCUAAAUCUUGAUGCCAUUCUCGAGGAUGUGAUGAUCCGUCUCGUUGUGAGACCACUACGCGAGCAUGUUUAUGAUCUUUUCGUUAAACAUUAUGCCGAAAAUGGCUCAUUGAAAACACUUGCCGAAAAUCUGCGCCAGGCGCAAAACCAAAGUCUUCAUGAUCUCGGCGCUAGUCCUAAAAUUUUGCCACCAUCAGCUGAAAGUUUGGAUAACAUUUUGAAAUACUUCGAGAAACUUCAAUACGUAGAUUCGCCGCUUGAGAAACUUGACUAUUUAUUAGACGCUAUUUAUGCCAUUCACAAUGCGGUUAAACAUGCAAAUGCAGGAAGGUCAGUUACUCUUGCAGCGGACGAUCUAUUGCCGAUUGUUGUUUGGGUCUUAAUUCAAGGUAAAAUUUUUGAUGCGGAAAUAGAAGCUGAAUUCAUGUGGGGUUUGAUACACCAAUCACUUCUCACGGGUGAAGGUGGCUAUUACCUAACAACAUUCUCUAGUGCCGUACAAUUCCUAAAAACUUUUAAACCUAGUCAAGGGACAACAUCUUCGUUCAGUCCUGGAUGUGGAGUUCCCGAUUGUUCUUGCGUACUUAAGGUACUUGUACCGGAUGAAUUGCAUGGUUCGCUCAUAACCAGAACAUUGCCUGCUAGACCAAAUAUGAAUACUCGUGAUGUUUGUCGCAUCUUAGCCCAUCAAAUGCGAUGCACUAAUCCUCAAGAUUAUGGUCUCUUCAAGUUGUCAUUCGGAGAAGAUACUCUGCUUUGGGAUCAUCAACGUCCUCAAGAUUUAACCGACUGUAUGCUAGUUUAUAAACGGAUCGAUGCUAAAAUUGCCUGGCCAAGAGCUACAGAUGUUAACCAAUGCAAAAUUACAGAUUCCUGAUCGAAUAUUUCACAGCUAAGAGCUGCAAGAAUAAUGUCAAUAGGUCUUUGUUCAUUCAAUUGAAGAAAAAUAAUGCAUGCAAUAAUGGUGACGGGAGAAAAAAAUUACCACGUUGAUAUUAUUUGUAAUA